GGUCACGCGGCGUCAACAGCGGGUACGUCAAUUCCUAGGGCGACAUAUUUUGCAGAAGCUGUACAUCUGACGGUCUCAGGGUUCUAUAGUGCCCAGCGCGUUUGGCGCGUUGCUUCUCUCGGUGUGCUUUCCUCACCCUAAAACAGUCGCCAUGAAAGAUUCUCUGGUACUGCAGAGCCGAGUCCCGGCGCACCCGGAUUCCCGCUGCUGGUUCCUGGCCUGGAACCCCUCGGGGACCCUGUUGGCUUCCUGCGGAGGCGACCGUAAAAUUCGCAUCUGGGGCACCGAGGGUGACAGCUGGAUUUGCAAGUCUGUCCUUUCUGAAGGCCAUCAGCGCACCGUUAGGAAAGUGGCCUGGUCCCCGUGUGGAAAUUACCUGGCAUCUGCCAGCUUUGAUGCUACCACUUGUAUUUGGAAGAAGAACCAGGAUGACUUUGAGUGUGUGACCACUCUUGAGGGCCAUGAAAAUGAGGUCAAGUCAGUGGCUUGGGCCCCAUCUGGCAACCUCUUGGCUACCUGCAGCAGAGAUAAGAGCGUGUGGGUCUGGGAAGUUGAUGAAGAGGAUGAGUAUGAAUGUGUCAGUGUCCUCAGCUCUCAUACACAGGACGUUAAGCACGUGGUGUGGCACCCGAGCCAGGAGCUUUUAGCUUCUGCUAGCUAUGAUGACACAGUGAAGCUAUACCAGGAAGAAGGGGAUGACUGGGUCUGCUGUGCCACCCUCGAAGGUCAUGAGUCCACUGUUUGGAGCAUAGCCUUUGAUCCCAGCGGCCAGCGGCUGGCAUCUUGCAGUGAUGACCGAACUGUACGCAUCUGGCGCCAGUAUCUACCGGGCAAUGAACAAGGGGUGGCAUGCAGUGGCUCUGACCCCAGCUGGAAAUGCAUCUGCACUUUGUCGGGCUUCCACACCAGGACCAUUUACGACGUUGCUUGGUGUCAGCUGACAGGGGCCCUGGCUACAGCUUGUGGAGAUGAUGCCAUCCGAGUGUUUGAGGAAGACCCAGGCUCAGACCCACAGCAGCCUACCUUCUCUCUGACAGCCCAUCUUCGUCAGGCCCAUUCCCAGGAUGUCAACUGUGUGGCUUGGAAUCCCAAGGAGCCAGGGCUCCUGGCCUCUUGUAGUGAUGAUGGGGAGGUAGCCUUCUGGGAGUAUCACCAGCCUGCAGGUCUCUGAGCUAUAGCUUGACUUGGGAGUCUUGAUUCCCACAGAAAAUGUCCUAAGACUUCUAAUCGUCAAGAAGACCUGAAGCAUCCUUGACCUUCAUUUUGCUCAGGACUAUUCACUGUUUCCCUUCCUUGAUAUGAGGAAGCCAUUGGAGAGAGCCACAGAACAGCAGUAUAUUGUAUUAAAGUUUUGCUUGAUUUAGGGCAUGGUGUUACAUUUUGGGGGUAAAAUACAUUUAUAAUCAAUAUAUAUGAAUGAGUAA